UUUUUUUUUUUUUUUGGAAUCCGCCUAUACCAACAGACAAGUGUGUGAACAGGAGAAGAGGGACAGAGACAAUAUCCCGUUCUCAAGAAGUACUCCAAGAGAGGUACAAGAGUUGUGUAAGAUGUUGUAAAGGAACUCGAUUAACGUGCUGCGUCCAAUCGACACGCAAAAUUGUUCAGUGACUCGUUGCUCCGGCAAACGGCGUUGGACAUCGUUGGGAUAUAAACGACAGCAAAGAUGAAUCAACAGUGCAAGGUCUGCGGCGAACCGGCUGCGGGAUUUCAUUUCGGUGCGUUUACGUGCGAGGGCUGCAAGUCAUUCUUCGGCAGAACGUACAACAACCUGGGGAGCAUCUCCGAGUGCAAGAACGGCGGGGUCUGCGUGAUCAACAAGAAGAAUCGGACGGCGUGCAAGGCGUGCCGCCUGCGCAAGUGCCUGAUGGUGGGAAUGUCCAAGUCAGGAUCGAGAUACGGGCGAAGAUCGAAUUGGUUCAAGAUCCACUGCCUGCUUCAGGAACAGACGAAUAGCGGCCAAGCCGCGGGAGCACCCGGGUCUGCCUACAAUCCUGGACUGUUUCCUGGAUUCUUGACGCCCCAGGCUGCGCAGUCGCAGCCUGGCGCGUUCGUAAAGGACGGCAAGGACCGGGCGUCGCCCAGCCAGGAGGACCUGGCCCUCCAGUCUCACUUGCUCCACGUGGCGAUGCUCAAGCAGGAACGCGAACGCGGCAACAAGUCGCCGCACCCUGACGACGUGGCCCUGCAGAAUCAGCUGAGGCUCCUGGCCUGGCAGAAGAGGGCCAGUCAGCAGCCACCUGGAACUCCACCGCGCGAGACCACACCUCCACCGCCGGCUUCCUACUGCUACAAGCACCCCGCCUCGACGUCACCCAGGUUCCCCGUGAACUUCGUCCAGAAGGAGCUGCCCUCGAGUCCGCCGGAAGUCUUCCGGCCGUUCCUUCCGGGCUACAAGAGGACUGCCGAUACCCCGAGCGACAGUGGCGCCUCCUCCGUCGACGGCGACCACGACGAGUCCAGGAGCAAUUCCGCCCUGAGCUACUUCAAGAUAAGCGCCUCCCCCCCACUCUCCGAACGAGAAUUCCCUCCCAGGAAGAUCAACGCGACGGUCACGCUGACCACAGGGUAUCAUCCUCAUCAGAUGAUCUAUCCACCGCCAGGACUGGUCACCCCGGCAGCCUCUCAGCAUUCGCCGCGGGGUGGCGAUCUGCUUCUGGUGAGUCCGAGUCCCGGUGGCCUCGCGGUGGAGCAGGACGAGCCGAUCGACCUGAGCGUCCGCUCCAGCAGAAGUUCCCCACGUCCGAGCCAGUCGGCCGAGGAGAACAAUCCGGGAGCGGAGGAGGAGAGCGACGCCCCGGCCAAGGAGGAAGCCACCACCAAGAGCAAACCCCUGGAUUUGACCCUGGGAGUUAAGAGGCCGGCAGAGCUCCCCCUCUCCCUCUAGGAAACAUUUGACAUGUGACCCUGGGAGGGUGUCGAGAUUUACGAGAAAGACUAACGGCGCGCACGAGAGCCUCUUCGGGUCUGGUCGAUCGGAAGCGGAAGGUCGACUGCACCGAGGAACCGUGUCUUCCCGCGUGUAACGAACAGCCGGAAGCGCGCGCUUUCGAAACGAGCGGCAGGAUCCAGCAGCAAAUCGAGCAGAGCUCGUUGCACUUGUCACGGGACCGGAAGUGGAUCCCUUGAGGGGAAUUAGGCCAGUCGCAAAAGCCCCAAUCACGAAAAUGUGUUCAAUCUGUACAUAUCGCCACUGACUCGCGAAGCCAAUUAAUUUAUUCUCAUAGUAGCUAGAGGAAAGAUCGUUAUUAUUAUAAUUACGAUCACUGGUGUUAUGUAUGUCUACAUAUAUACAUAUAGUAUAUACAUACGGAUUAGUAUUUCUGUAUAGCUUUUUGUAUAUACGUAAACGUAUGUAUGUGAACCAACGUACGUAUAGAUGCGCAGAUAAACAUGUGUGUAUAUAUUAUAUAUUUACGAGUAUAGUCGCGGAUACACCGGCCAGUAGUUGGAGUGCCUUAAUAUAUACCUACAACGUUCGGAUCGAGCGCCUAGGAUAUCAAGAGAUUUAAUGUAACCGUUAGCAGCGGCGUGAGGACGCGGCAUAACGUACGUGUACGCAGUUAAGCCAUCUAGGUAUAUAGCUAGUUAAGCGCGAAUGCACUCGGAUUUCUGAUUUGUGACCUGACGUGACGGUAGGCCAGUAAAGUCUUACGGACAUAUCAUUUUUUUUUUUUUUUUCAAAUAAUUUUCGAACGUCCACGAAGAAAAGAAAAGAAAAACA